UUGUUUCUGGUUGCAUUCAGACUCGCUGCGUUGCCAUUGCUGCUGCUCCUGGUGUUUCGUGUCACGUCUAGGCCACUGUUGUUGUUGCUUUUUCUGGGUUUUGUGUGUUUCCACUUCCCGAUAUGAUUUUUUCCAUGCCCACUCUUCCCCGGGCAUCGCCCCGGCACCAGCUUUGUGUCUUGUAUUAUUUUUCAGCAGUUUUUCCCCCUGAGGAUUUGUGUAAAGAGCCAGGCAGCAGCAUCCCUGCUGUGGACAGAAGAUGUUAAGUACAUGGCUGUGUGAGAAUACACAUGCAAACAAACACGCGCACACAGUUUCUUCCUAUAUACGGGAUGGAAUCGGAGUCGUCUUUGUGGUCAGUGGAGACUUUGUGCGGUUGUUUUUUGUGUAUUUAUAAGUGUGUUUUUGUGUCACGCCGUGUGUGAAAGUGAGGUCACCAUGGUGUUUGUGAAUCAGCUCAUGCAGCGGUGUGAAGCAGCUACUCCAUGGUUAUCUCUGCUGCAAAUUUAUGCCCGUUUUAAAUGUGGCUCAGGCGAAAAAACAGUGCAAGUUUUCCUGGCUUUGAAGUGCACCCGCGUUCGGUUUAGGGACAAAACGCGACAUGUGUGAAUCCACCAUGUUAUUUCACAGUGUGAAUAUGUGGUUUUCUACUUUUGUCGCAUGUGUGGACAGACUUACAUGUGACAGAAAACGUGUCAUUGUGGGUCGUGCGCAGUUAGGUUUACAUGCACAUCCGUGGAUGUGCUUGUGAGUGAGUUUGGUUGAGCUGUGGACAAAAGGGAAGAGCUGAGAGUGCAGCAGGCCAGCCAACCUUUUCCUGGACGACAUUUUUAAGGCCUUGUACUUUCGGAUUGACAGAAUAUCACAAAAAAUAUGGAGAUAGUGAAGGUGUGGAGCGAGGAUGGGGCUGGCAAAGUGGUGGAGAUCCCAGCAGAUAUGACGGCCCGAGACGUGUGUCAGCUCCUGGUCUACAAGAGCCACUGUGUGGACGACAACGCCUGGACGCUGGUGGAGCACCACCCCAUUCUCGGCCUAGAAAGGUAUCUGGAGGACCACGAGCUGGUGGUUCAGGUUCAAGCCUCCAUGAGCAGCGACAGUAAAUUCCUCUUCAGGAAGAACUAUGCCAAAUAUGAAUUCUUCAGGAACCCCCUGAAUUUUUUCCCAGAGCAGAUGGUGGCUUGGUGUCAGGAGUCCGAUGGCUCAAUCCCACAGUCGCAGCUCUUACAGAACUUUCUGAACUCCAGCAGCUGCCCAGAGAUCCAGGGUUAUCUAUACAUGAAAGAGCCUGGACGCAAGUCGUGGAAGAAACUCUACAUGUUCCUGCGACGCUCUGGGCUUUACUAUUCUACAAAAGGAACAUCCAAGGAGCCACGACACCUGCAGCUGCUCUCAGAUCUGGAAGACAGCAAUAUCUUCACCAUCAUCACAGGCAGAAAACUUCACAAUGCCCCCACAGACUACCAGUUCUGCAUCAAGCCCAGCAAAGGGAGGUGCGACUGCAAGGAGCUGAAGAUGCUGUGUGCCGAGGACGAACAGAGCAGGACCUGCUGGAUGACGGCCUUCAGACUGCUCAAAUAUGGGAUAGUACUGUAUCAGAGCUACAGCAUCCCCCAGCAGAGGAAGUCUAAACUCCUGCCUUUCUCUGCGCCUGUGCGAAGUGUAUCUGAGAACUCCUUAGUUGCCAUGGACUUCUCUGGACGGACCGGCCGUGUCAUCGACAACCCCGUGGAGGCCCAGAGCGCCGCACUGGAGGAGGGACAGACCUGGAGGAAACGGAGUCAGCGUAUGAAUGUCCUGGGCAGCCCCAGCCCCCUGCAUCCUUCCUCCCUGAGCACAGUGAUCCACAGGACACAGGUAUGGUUUCAUGGUCGCAUCAUGAGAGACGAAGCCCACAAAAUGAUCAUACAACAAGGCCAAGUGGACGGGUUGUUCCUGUUGCGGGACAGUCAGAGUAAUCCCAAAGCAUUCGUGCUCACCUUGUGCCACCACCAGAAGAUCAAGCACUUCCAGAUCCUACCGUACGAGGAGGACGGUCAGGUGUUCUUCAGCCUUGACGACGGCACCACCAAGUUCACCGAUCUGAUCCACCUGGUGGAGUUCUACCAGCUCAACAGAGGAGUGCUGCCCUGCAAGCUCAAACAUCCCUGCACCAACGUGGCCUUGUGACACUCCAGCCCCACCCCCCACCGCCCUACACACACCUCCACCUUUUUUGCACACCUUCCUCCCUGAGACACUGUCAGCCCCCUCCCCUCCCAACCUUCCCUCACCAACACAAAUGAGGUCGAGGAGAAAGAGAAAAAGUUGAGUCAAGUUUUUUGGGAACAUCUCAACAGGAGCCGCCAGUUCAGGUCUGAUGCCCCAGUGUGCUUAGCUUUUCUCCACCUUGUGGCUGUUUGGAUGUUUGAUUGGGAACAGCUUGGACCAGAGACUCGAACUUUAACCUUUGAACGAGACCAUUCAGUGUGAAAACUCAAGACCUCUCAGAUGGAUCCUUCCUUUGAACCUUCCACCCUCAA